AUGGACGCCUGGGUGAGGUUCAGCAGCCAGAGCCAGGCCAAGGAGCGGCUCAUCAGAGCCGCCCAGUACGCCUGCACGUUGCUCGGGUACACGCUGCAGAGGAAUGGAGCCGGCGCAGAGCUCGUCACCGCCAUCAAACAGCUGGAGGCGCACUUUAGCCUCAGCCGGAAACUGUUCCGGUUGGGGAACUCCGCGGACGCCUUGGAGUCGGCCAAGCGCGCCAUACACCUAUCGGACGUCGUCUUGCGGUUCUGCAUCACGGUGAGCCACCUGAACCGCGCCAUGUACUUCGCCUGCGACAACAUCCUGUGGCUGGGGAAGACGGGGUUGUCACGGGAAAUGGACCAGGAGAAGUGGAGCCAGCGGUCUUUCAGGUAUUACCUGUUCUCGCUCAUCAUGAACCUCAGUCGAGAUCUCUACGAACUCAAACUCCUGUUGGAGGCUGAAACUGGGGGCAAGCGUUUCUCCUCCAAGUUGGCCGCUGAGAACGGGGUGGUCUCUCAUGGCAGCCCCUCUCACCGGCAGAUGGCGAUCCUCCGACUCCGCCUCCUAAUACACGUCCUCCGCAGCAACCCCCCUCUUCUGCUUGACCUGGCCAAGAACACCUGUGAUCUUUUCAUCCCUCUGGACAAGCUGGGCCUUUUCAAGACCAACCCGGGUUUUGUAGGGCUGUGCGGGCUGACGUCCUCCAUAUUGUCCAUCCUGAGCAUCGUCCACCCCUGGCUGAAGCUGAAGCCUUGA